CUUUCGGGACCUUAGGGGCUGCGUAGGAUAAGGCCUACCAAUGAAUGACGGACCAAGCAAGUCUUUACAGUAGAUGUAGUUCUUUGUUCUUUCCUGUAGAGGCGCACCCUUCAUCCGGCUCGCCAGUACUAAUCUCACCGGAGCCACGCACGUCUUUCUUAACACCGCCAGCUAAUAUCCAUUUUCUCCGAUAAUGGACGCGGGAUUCUUCCGCGGUACAAGUGCGGAGCAAGACAACCGUUUCAGCAACAAGCAGAAGAAACUGCUGAAGCAGCUGAAGUUUGCAGAAUGUCUGGACAAGAAGGUGGACAUGACCAAAGUGAACCUCGAAGUCAUCAAACCUUGGAUUACUCAGCGAGUGACAGAGAUUCUGGGGUUCGAGGAUGAUGUCGUCAUAGAGUUCAUAUUUAACCAGCUUGAGGAGAAGCACCCAGAUAGCAAGAUGAUGCAGAUCAACCUGACGGGCUUCUUGAAUGGGAAGAAUGCCCGGGAGUUCAUGAGGGACUUGUGGCCCCUGCUGCUGAGUGCCCAGGAGAACAUUGCUGGCAUCCCUUCUGCUUUUCUUGAACAGAAGAAAGAGGAAAUUAAACAGAGACAGAUUGAACAGGAGAAGCUAGCUUCCCUGAAGAAGGCCGAUGACGAUAAGAAGGAAAAGGACAUCAGAGAGAGGGCUCAGUCAAAAAGCCCAAGGAGGCGGAAGACAAGAUCACCAUCACCACGGCGUAGGUCGCCUGUGAAGAGGGAAAGGAAGCGUAGUGCCUCACGCUCCCCGAGACGCAAACCCAGUCCAGUUGAGAGCAGUUCACCCCCUCCUCCCCUGAUGCAGCUACCCAUGAAACCUUUAGAGCAGCUUGUGGAGCCAGAUACAUUGGAAGGAGUUCUGCCAGAACCAGUUAUCCAAGAAACUCCAUCCAACUGUGACACAGUUGUGGAGGUGGUGAAACCAGACUCUGUGACUGAAGUCAAAGAAUCUUCGCCAGAGAAGACCAAUAAGAAAGAGGAAAGGCCCAGGUCCCGGGAAAGGGAGAAGGACAGCAGGAGGGAAAGACCUCACCACCGUUCUCGUUCUCAUUCCCGCACUCGCAGGCGACGCUCCCGUUCUAGAUCUUACUCCCCUCGUAGAAGACAGAGCCCCAGAAGAAGGAUGUCUCCUCGUCGAAGGAGCCCCCCCAGACGUGGCCCUACCAGCUCCAGACCGAGACAUAGGCGCUCCCCCGUCCGCAGGAGGCGCUCUCGCUCUGCUUCAUCCUCUGGCAGCAGCUCUUCCAACUCUCAUUCACCUAAAAAAGCAAUGAAAAGAAUAUCUAACACACCGCCCCGGAAACCAGUCCAUCAUCCUGACCACCCCAUUAGCCCUGCAGGGAAGGACAGACGAUCACCAUCUCCUCGGCCCAGAAGGGGCAGAGGCUCUGCAUCGCCAGCGCGAUCAUUUGGUUUGAAGCGAAAAGCAGGAGGAAGGGGUGAUUCUCCAUCUGAAAAUGCCAAGCCCAGACCUUCUGAAGGGUCUGAGUCAGAUGAGGAUAAAAACGAGAAAGAGGCAACAGCAGAUUCAGUGCAGCAGCGACGUCAGUAUCGCAGGCAGAAUCGACAGUCGUCUUCAGAUACAGGGUCUUCCUCCUCCGAAGACGAGGGGCACAAAAGGCCAACUACAGGGCCAGGUGACAGAAAUGGGGAAGUCAGGAGGAGACGCAGCCGCACACCCUCCCCUCGGAGGCGACACAGGGAUACUUCUCCAAGGAAAAGACAUUCUCCUCCUCCUGGACGCAGACGUCACACCCCGUCUCCCCCGCGGCGGCGCAGAUCUCCCUCUCCUCCUCGACGAAGGUCACCUUCCCCACCUCCCCGUCGUCGUUCUCCAUCCCCAAGACGAUAUUCACCCCCUAUCCAGCGACGCUACAGCCCCUCACCGUUGCCUCCACAGAAGAGGAAGAUAUCUAGCUCUCCUACAAAACGCUCUUCUCCAGGGGCAAAGCGACGCCCGUCCAGGUCCCCGAAGCGCAGAAGUUCUCCUGCUCUAAGGAGACGCACUCCUCCAUCCUCAUCUCCUCCCAGACACAGGAGGAGCCCCAUGUUGCCUUCUGUCAGACCAAGCAGGGACACCCGAUCCCCUGUUGCAGCAGCCAGCCGCCUCUCCCCAUCCCCUGCAAACCGCAGUCGCGCCGUAAGGGGUUCCGCCAGUCCUCAGGGACGCUUUGAAACCUCCAAUACAUCUCCAUCUAACCAGAGGAGACAGCAGUCCCCUUUACACAGUGGCAAACCCAUCCGCAGAGUGUCCCGCACCCCAGAACCACGCAACAACCAGAGACAAUCUCCAAGUCCCCAGCCUAUGAGGAGAGCAUCCUCCAGAUCUGUUUCCCCUCAACCAGUAGCUCAGAAACGUCCAGUCCCUGCAUCUGCCUCCCCUUCACCGUCUCGCUCAGCCAGUGCAUCUCCGCCACCAGCAAAAAAAGCCAGCAGUGGUUCUGGCAGUCAAUCCCCAAGCAAGAAUUCCGAUGUUGAGGGGAGUGGGAAGAAAAAGAAAAAGAAGAAGGAAAAGAAACACAAGAAAGAGAAGAAACACAAGAAGCAUAAGAAACAUAAGAAGGAGAAGAGUGGCGGCACAGUGACUGGAGAUGGACAAGAAAACCAGGGUGUGGAGGAGGAUGGACAGUCUAGAAAGACAGUGAAGUAGAGGACAGCUUGGAUGACCUGGAGAAGCACCUAAGAGAAAAGGCCCUGCGCUCCAUGAGGAAGGCCCAGUUGUCUCCAUCACAGAUGUCCUGAAAACAAAGAUUUCUCCUUUUUUGAAUUUCCCACUCACUCUUGAUGUUUGUCAUCAACCUGGUUCAGCUUUAGAAUGUACAAAUUGUUAAAUCUCGAGUCUUUUUUGUUUUCUUUUUACUGGUUUGGUACAUUCUGAAGACUGUGUUUCAUUAAGCGCUUGAUUUGUCAGUUAGUGUAUUAUUUUAACUGUAAAGAAGCUUGUGUUGUCCAUAAUUUUAAAUUGUUGAGCGGGGAAACCGCUUAAGCUCAGAGGUUAGAGUUGGGCAGGUAUAAAAUAUUUUCCACAGUCUACAAUAGAUUCCAUUGAGAAGUGAUUGCAUGUGCAGUGAUUGUCUCUGAUGUGCAUGAACCACUGACGUUAUGGAGUGUAGAGAAAAACCAACGUACAGUAACAUACUGUUACUAUUGCCUUUUUAUUAGUGGAAACUAAUAAGUUGCACAGCUGUGUGAACUGUUAGAGGCCGUAACAGAAUGUCUUGUCCCAUAUUGUAACUUAAAAGAGGUCUUAAGCAUCAUGUAACUUGCUGUUUUUCUGACUUUAAAUUUCACUUGUUAUAAGACUAAAACAAUCUGAUAGAGAAUGCUUUAAUUUUCUUCCAAAAGGAUUAUUAUGCAAUUUUAUGUUGACACCCCUGCACCAAGCUAAUCUCUGUGGGACUGCUAUAUGAUUUAGUACCCCAGGCUUUUGUCAUCUGGUCAUCCUUUCAGAAUUAAAACCUUUUUAUAGGAUGAUGUGUUUUC